GAUGAAUUGCAAAGUCACAAUCGUGGACGUGAGGGUUACGUGGAGCGAAUGGCAUUCUUGGAGCGUGCAGAUGUACGUCAGUUUGAACGUGAACGAGAUGCGCGUAACGCUGCUCGAGCCAAGAAAUCAUAACCCAAGAGAAUUGCCCAUUGCCAGCAUUUGCAAAUUAAAUUCAGCAAGCCUUGAAAUUCGUCCGUACAUUCAAUUGGGAUGUCACCUUCACUCACUAUCAAUGAAUUUCUUAUGA